ACUUGUCGCCAACUUCUUCCGAAAUUUAUGAAUGCAGGGCCACUAAUAUAAAUGGACCCUUAUUCUGAUGUUAUUGCAAAUCAGCCCGUUGUAAUAGACAACGGGUCUGGUCUUAUCAAAGCUGGAUUUGCUGGGGAUCAAAUACCAAAACAUCAUUUCCCAAAUUUCAUAGGUAGACCUAAACAUGUACGUGUUAUGGCAGGUGCUCUGGAGGGGGAUGUUUUCCUUGGACCUGAUGCAGAGGAACACAGAGGUCUAUUAACAAUAAAAUAUCCUAUGGAACAUGGUAUUGUACAGGACUGGAAUGAUAUGGAAAGAAUCUGGCAGUAUAUAUAUUCCAAAGACCAACUACAAACAUUCUCAGAAGAGCAUCCAGUUCUACUGACAGAAGCCCCAUUAAAUCCAAGAAGAAACAGAGAAAAGGCUGCCGAAAUAUUCUUUGAAACUUUUAAUGUCCCAGCUUUAUUUAUAUCCAUGCAAGCAGUUUUAAGUUUGUAUGCUACAGGAAGAACAACCGGAGCAGUACUAGAUUCUGGGGAUGGUGUAACACAUGCUGUACCUAUAUAUGAAGGAUUUGCUAUGCCACAUAGUAUUAUACGGUCAGAUAUAGCUGGUAGAGAUGUCACUAGAUAUCUCAGAUUGUUACUGAGAAAAGAAGGACAUAAUUUUCACACAUCUGCAGAACUAGAAAUUGUUAGAACUAUUAAACAGAGAGCCUGUUAUUUAUCUUUAAAUCCAUUGAAAGAAGAAUCGAUGGAAGGAGAAAAAUCCCAGUAUACAUUACCUGACGGUAGUUCUAUAGAGUUGGGGCCAUCUAGAUUUAGAGCACCAGAAUUACUAUUUAGACCCGAUUUAAUUGGAGAAGAAUUUGAAGGAAUCCAUGAAGUUCUAACAUACGCAAUACAGAGAUCUGACAUGGACUUACGGCGAAUAUUAUACUCGAAUAUAGUAUUAUCUGGAGGGUCAACUUUAUUUAAAGGAUUUGGAGAUCGUUUGCUGAGUGAAGUAAAGAAAAUAACACCAAAAGAUAUAAAGAUUAGGAUUUCUGCACCACAAGAAAGACUAUACUCAACAUGGAUAGGGGGAUCCAUUUUAGCUUCACUGGACACAUUUAAGAAGAUGUGGGUAUCAAAAAGAGAAUAUAAUGAAGAUGGAUUUAAGGCCAUACACAGAAAAACUUUUUAGCUGACUUAGUGAUUUAGAAAUUUUAAUUUAUCAGUCAUGUAAAUAUUUUACCUUGGUCUCAUUUUGGGGCAGGAGAGGAAUUCUUGUUCAUCACUGUUACUUUUUUAGAAAAUUUCAAAGCUUCUAUCUAAGGGUACACUAGUAAGCCUUUUUAAUUAAAGAUUAUGCAAUGCUAUGCAAAAAUUAAAAAUAACCUAAAACAAGAGCUUCAAUAAAUGAGGGAGUUUAUAGAUUAAUUUACUAUGAGCAUUUUCUUUUAAUUAACCAAAAUGAAAAAACCAUGUCAGUACAUUGUAUUUGAAAAAAAUUCCAUAAUUUAAAGCGACAAAGGAAUCAUAACUUUAAUUGAUCAUAUGAUCAUUAAAGAGACCAAACUCAAUACAAAAUUUAAUAACAAGCUUAUCUUUGGAUUUGUCUUUUUUUUUAAUGGGCAAAACUUUGCUGAAUGAGGAAUGUGUAGUUGUGCAUAUGAAAUGUAAAGUAUAGACAUGUCUAAUAUUUAUUAUACUCUCUACUGUAAGUUUAAAUAUGAUAAAUAUAUGAAAACAAAAAUAAUGAGACAGCAACCCAACAACAAAAAUUGCUUUGCUUUUUAGGCAUGCUUAAAAAAAGUUACAUAAUCAAAAUAUGCCACAAAACAACUAUAGUAUAUUGCAUAAAACAAUUGUUUUAAAUAUUUUUCUAUUAAUUAAACAUGUCGUGUAUGUCUUGUUUCACAUAUAUGUCCCAUUUACACUACAUAUUUUAUAUAGUGAAUGUUUCAAAACAGCUAAUAUCAUAAUCUUUGAGAAAUUUCGAUUGCAUAUAUUUAUUGGGAAAAAAUCAAAAAAGGCAUUGUUAGCUUUACCUGAAAUUUAGAAAAUUUCAUAAAAAUUGUGAAAAUUUGCUAACUUUUCUCUUAUUGCCCAGUAAGGAAUUCAAAAUGGCUGCUGUGAGAGCAAUUCUUAAUGAGACCAAUGGUUUAUUUAUGUUUGUCAUGGAUGAACGCUACAUUUAUCAUGUUAUAUAUGUGCUAUUUAUGGCAAGGUGUUUUAUCAUAGUUUUUUUGUAACUUAGCUACCUGAUGAAAUUAGAUUACAACUUUUUUAAUACUUUAUAGCUUAUAUUCUGUUGAUUCAUAUACAUAUACUGC